GACUAAACCUUUGCACUUUGACCAGUGUUGUGUUUUUCAAUGUUAAAGUCCUAGAUCAUAAUAGUAAUAGUAAAAUAAUUAUGACUUGUGUUCAGUGUCUGACAUUUACGAAAUAUUAAAUCUGUGAACCAUCUUGAAAUAUAGAUCUUCAAAUCUAUUUUAAAAAAUGGAUCGGUCUGGUAGUGGUACAAAAGUGCAGUUAUUGCCAGAGCAUAAUGGAUGUUCUGCAAUACAAGAAGCAAGCCCAGAUGCAUCAUUUAUUUACACACUAGAUAAUAACAGAUUAAGCAUGAAACAGAGACAGUUUUACGAGGACAAUGGCUAUAUCGUUAUCAAAAAUCUUGUUUCUAAUGAAAAAUUGGGCAUUUACAAAGAUAGAUUUAAAAGGAUUUGUAAAAAAGAAGUGAGUGUGCCAGGAAUGCUGAUCAUGAAAGAUGUUGCUGUAACGUCAUCAGAGUAUGUUCCAGGAGAAAAGGCUGUAGCAAAGAUCCAGGACAUUGUAUUGGAUGAGAUUUUGUUUGGUUAUUGCUGUUUACCAGAGUUAAUAGAUUAUGUUGAAUGUUUUACUGGACCUGACAUUGAUGCUAGACACACCAUGCUGAUUAACAAACCUCCAGAUACAGGGAGUAAAUCAUCAAGACAUCCUAUGCACCAAGAUUUACACUACUUUCCUUUCCGACCUGCUAACAGAAUCGUUUGUGCUUGGACAGCAAUGGUGAACGUUACCAAAGAAAAUGGCUGUUUGGUAGUCGUACCAGGAACACAUAAAGAAAAGUUGUUACCCCAUUGUUUUCCAGACUGGGAAAAUGGUGUCAACAAAAUGUACCAUGGGAUACAGAACUAUGACUUAAACCAACCAAGAGUUCAUCUAGAAAUGGAGCCAGGCGAUACAGUAUUCUUUCAUCCAAUUUUAAUACAUGGAUCGGGUGUAAAUAGAACACAGGAAUUUCGAAAGGCAAUAUCCUGUCAUUUUGCAAGUAGUACCUGUGCUUACAUUGAUGUUGCAGGCUCAACACAAGAAAAUAUUGCUGAUGAGGUGAUUGAAAUAGCCAAAAAACGUCUUGGAAGGAAAGUUGAUAUUUCAUAUGAAGACAUAUGGGAAUUCAGGAAUCGUGCAGUAAGAAGAAAAGCUCCUAUAUCUCCCAUAAGUCGUUUAUGAGACAAAUAGUAAUAGUAUAUACAUGAACUUAAAGGUUUUUGAGAAAUAAUUUUAAGCAUUGUUCAAAUAUGCAAGCUUAUAUCUCAAAAGUCAAAAAUAUUUACUGUUUUAAUGAAAAGACUUUAUUCCCAUGUACGGAACAUCCAAAUGUAAAACCUUCAUGAAAGGAAAAUCAAACUUUGUUUGUUUGAAUACUCUAUAUUUAAAAUGACUAAAACUAUUUGAUUUACAGGGAAAAAAAUUGUCAACUUCAACAGAUUUAAUAUGUUGCUUACUUUUGUUGGGUUAUUAUCUGUCUUCAUGGAAAAGCCAGUGCUGUGAUAACUGAUUCUGUGUUCCAUUGUCAACACUGUUAAAAAAGUACUGGUAAACAAGACAGCAUCUGUGUUAUCUUUCCAAUUGUAUAUCAACCCCAUUCAAGUGAAAGAUUUACCUUUAAGACAUAGUCUGGGAUGUUUGGGCUUUAAUUUGAAAAUGAUUUUCAGUCAUAAAUUAUUUAUUUAUGUAUUUAGAAUAAUGAAAUUAAUGUGUAUAUAUAUUUAUUUAUUUAAUAAAACAAGCUUACAAUAUUCAAAUGAAUGAAUGAAUAAAUGAAUAACAGAA